GGUGGGGCCGGUCGCCGAGGUCUCGCUUUCCGGGCGACCUUGGCCAAACCGCAGCCCUUCGCCCGCGAGGUGCCCGUCUGAGAAGUGGGCGGGGGUGGCAGGGUGCGGUGUGCGUUUCCAGACACUGAAGCGCGGAGGCGCGGGACCAGGGACCGACCGCGAAGCUCCUCUGGAGGGGCCGGCGGCAGGUUACGCUGCUCACCGCAACCCCUGCAAAUGUGCUCUCUCGGACCCCUGCGCCGCGCCUGGGGUGGGGCAGGCGCCCUUGGCGCGGGAGUCUGACCUGGGCUUCGGCCCCCCAGCUCGGCCGCUCCGGGCAGGCCUCAGGGAGGAGGCUGCAACAGACGUCCCCUCUGGCCCCCCAGGUAGCUCGCCGAACCUCCCGCAGUUCUGCGGAGCCCACGCCUCCGUCACAGCCUUCGGGGCCCGGGGGAGGGAAUUUCGUGGGGAUGCCAACAUCGUCUGCUCCCCACGAGACCCCUCUCCCGUCCCCUCCGGGACACCCCCUUCCUGCUCCGGUCCCCUAGCUGCCAGCUGCUAGGGAUCCCGACCUAUGGGGACGCUACCAGUUCUUGGCGGCCGGACCACCUGCCCAGUUUGGCCACAGCCUUUGGCCAAAGCGAGGACCAGCCUGGGGCCAGGCCCACGUCAAGUCCCUGGCUGUGUCGAGAAAGAGUACUGCGACCGGUUGCCUCCCACCCCGCACCCAGUCCCCUAGUACAGAUUGGGGCUCUCCUUGUUUGCACCUGCGGCUUAGUCCGGCUGAACUGCAACCUUGACCCUCCGUGCCCUCUCCCUGCCCAGCCAAGAAGGGAGUGGAGGCAGGAGGCCACCCUGGGCCCAGUGAUCAGCCUCCUCCAGGGCCCUCCUGGGCAGGGCUCCUCUGCCGGCUGGCUGAGUGUGGGUGUACAUGUGCAAGACUGUGAAUGAAUGUGGCCAGCCUGCUCCCGCCUCUAGAAUCAGUAGCUUCCAGGGCUCAGAGUCCCCAUGCGGCAGUGUUUCCACUAUUCCUCUUUGACCAGGGGCCGGCCGGAAGAAUUCUAUGCUGAGGAGACUGGAGUCCAAACCUACCUGGUUGCAGAUGCCCUUGAGAGAGGCAGGUGUGGGGGGCUGGCCCGACACACAUACACAGCAGUGUGUGUCUGUGAAGGGCAGCUGGUGACCUCUGGCUGGGACAGCAGGAGAGAGGGCCUUGCCCAGGGUUUUGGAAUUGUUCAUCAUUGUGGGAUGUUGGGCAGCUGGCUUCUAGGCCUUUCUGGGCCUCAGGUUCCUUGCCUAACCCCAACUAGGCUGUUGUGGAGAUGAGCGCAGAUGAUGAAAUGAAAGGCUCAGAAAAACUGUAGAGUGGUGUAUGCCUCUGUGACUCUCUAGUGAUACUCAGACACACUCCUUUGUGGUUAGAUGCCGAGCUUUACCUCUUCAGGUGUCACAGUGUAACUAGGGUAUGCCAGCCUCUUCCAUCGCCCCCGCCCUCCCCCCGCCCCCUUACCCACUGCCCCUCUUUUGGAACUGGGACAUUCCAGUCCAAUUCUUCAGGGGCAGCUGCAGACACUCCCUCCAGCAAAGCUGAUCCCCCCCAGCAGGUGGUGGGACCUUCCCCUGGGGCCUGGGCUCUGGAGGGGCUAGCCACAGCCAAAGCGGGACUCUGGAGCUUCCUGCCCACAUGCUCUGGGAUGUCCCACGCUGGAGGAGACUCACGAUGGGGUCAGGAUGGGCUUCUAAACCUGAGGAGCUGGCAUACUUUCUCCAGGGCAGCUGAAAAUGUCCUCAGGCAUGUGCUUUUACUUCCUGGGCCUCAGUUUCCUCUUCUGAAGAGGAUCUCAAUAUUCCCCACCUAUGGGUGUUGUGAGGCUGUGGUAAGCCGUGUGGGGCUGACUAACGGAUGCUGGGAUGCUUUCCCUGCGUGCCCUGUCUCUGUUUCAUGGCCAGCAUGGUUCCCGAGCCUCAUGUUCCUGUCACCACCAAGGGUUGAUCCAAAAGAGAUGCCCCUGUCUGCCCAGGGCUUUCAAUGCUGCUGGCUAAUCUUGGGCCCAGGGGUUGGGAACAGGAACUAAGGGGUCCUGUUGAGGCCAGCUGGGGCCUGUGCAGAAUAUGGCUUAGCCCAAACCUAGCCACCAGGGUGGUGGUGGUGGGGUUUCAUCUCUGUGCAGAGCUCUGAGCCCCAGGGUGUGUACUGAGCUCUUGGCAGGGAAGCCCUUGGAGCCACUUGGAGGAGGCCCUGGUUUUUGCUCUGAUGUUCCCAUGGGGGCUGCAAGGCUCUUGCUGUCUCUCUCUCCCUCCAAUUCCCCCCCCCCCCACACACACACAUCCUCUCCAGCCCAGCCUGCACAGCUGCCCUGGCCUGACCAGGCCAUUCCCUGGGCCUCCAAGCAACGGGGAAGGAAUGUGUGUGUGUUGGGAGGGGAGGCGGGAUGGACCCCUGUAGGAAAAGGGACUGUCCCAGACUGAGACCUGGGCAGGGUAGAACCUCCUAAAAGCCAGGGGCCUCAGCCUCUCUGGGAGAGCUGAUAAUACAGCCAGAGAAGUUACCUAGGAGGGGCGAAGGGUGGAGGGCGAGGGCAUUAGGGAAAGACAAAAGGAAGGGGCUGUGUGUGCCCCCUUCAUCCAGCUCCACAGCUCUUUCUAACUGCUCAGGUCACACGUGGAGAGAAGCCCCUUACCACACACACCCUCAUACCCUCUGCAUCUAGCCUGGGGGCUGGGAGGAUGAGUGGGUCUUUAUGCUAGAGUAAUGCUAGACCAUUCCUGUGUGUGUGUGUGUGUGUGUGUGUGUGUGUGUGUGUGUGUCCCAGAGGAUGCUCAUUGCCGCAAAGGUGACCUUGUGCAUGACUGUGUCUGCUGUUGGAUGUGACUGUCUGUGCUGUGUCCUGUCACAUAGGAACCACCGUGCUACUGGUUUCAGUGACUAGAUGCAGUUUGUAUGUGGGGUAUGCGCUCUAGUGGCCCAUGGCUGCCUCUGGUUCAAGGACUCUCCCCCUUGACCCUGAGACCAUUUGUAGAGAACAUGAGGUGCUAGUUGUCUCUUCCUGAAACAGGAAAUAAGGAUCUGCCCAGGGGAAGGUGAAGUGGUGUGUGUUUGGGGCGAGAUGGGCAUAUUCAGCACCACUGCCACCCCCCCCCCCAUGCUUGCACUGGGCUUAUAGUUCAUGAGACCUUUCACCUCCAUUGUCUCUGUGACAAAAACCCAAAGGGAAGGCCAGGGCAGGCAGUCUUUCCCCACUUCAGAGAUGGGGAAACUGAGGCAUGGCAAAGGGCGAUGAGAUAGUGUCCAGGGUCCCCAUGGAGGGGCAGUGUGAGGACAGGGCUGGAGACCAGGUUCUUUGCUGUCUGCCUCCCUGAGAAGCAGUGACAAGAGUGAAGUGUGCUCAUGGUAAGGAGGUGUCAGAUUGGGAGGCAGGAUACUUUGUGUUUUAUUUUUUUCUGAAAGGAUGCAAGUGGGGGAGGGGCAGAGAGAGAGAGGGACAGAGGAUCUGAAGCCAGCUCUGCGCUGACAGCAGCGAGCUCAAUGUGGAGCUUGAACUCACAAACCGCAAGAUCAUGACCUGAGCCAAAGUUGGACGCUCAACUGACUGAGCCACACAGGCACCCCAGGGAUACUUCAAUUCUAACUCUUUGGGCUGUGGAUGCCAUCCUAGGCCCCCACUAAACAUUCAACAGCAUCCUGCUGGGAUCACAGGCAUCUCAGCCUGACCAGCUCUGUGACCUUGGGCAAGCCACUUCACCUGCAGGAGCCCCAGUGCCCUGGACAACAGCUAUCUCACGGGACUCCGUAAGAUCACUCCUUUGCAGGGCUGUGUCUCUGUAGGUGGCCAGCACCUCUGAUUCCUUAAGUGGAUGAGUCCUCUGGCCCUGUGAGCCCUGUGACAUCCUCAGAGGUUAUUAGAUGGAGGCAGGGCCGUGCCCCCCCUCAGUCUCCCAGAGAGCUUUGUCUUCCACAAACACAAAACCUGGAAAUGGUUGAGGAAGAUGGAACCUCCUAACGACCAUUGUUUGAGGUGGGAGUGGGUGUCCCGGAAGCAUAUUGGGUGGGUGGGGGGUGCUCAGCCACCACAUGCCUGCUGGGUGUCUGUAUGUAGAUAGGAGCAGCCGCUUGGGGGCCAGAGGCAGAGACGGUGGUGUUCACUCAUUCAGCAGGUCCUUUCUGAGUAUGGACCAUGUGCUGGGCCCUGGGCUGGAUAGGGGGGAUCCAGUGGGGUGGUAGGGCCAGGCCAGGGGUGGGGGGUCUCAGCCCAGAUGGGAACUGGGUCCAUAACCUGGUCUCUGGGCCGCCUGCCAGGGAGGUCAUCUGAGCAGCUGAGCUCAUCUUCAACCAGCCUGUGUUGACCCUGCCUGGCUAGGGGCCAGGCCCUGAACUAGACUCUUUAGUCGUGUUAUCUCAGCCCAUCCUCCCAGCAUCUCUGAGUGAUAAGACUUGCCAAGGCCAUUGUCUGCAUGAGGAAGCUAGGGCCUACGUGUAAUUGGCCCCACCCCGGGUCAAGAUUUGGGUCCCCCCACGCACCUGGUGGUGGUCUUUGGAGUGGCAGCAUAUGCAGGGGCUGGCGGGGGCUCCCGCUGGCCCUUCCCCCUGCCUCCCCCCACUGCCCCUAUGACUAUGUGAACACCUGUUCCGGAAACUGUGGCCAUUGUUACCACCAUCCUUCCUCCCCUCGGGCCCUUCCUGUUUGUAUCCCUCCCACUGCAAACCCCCAACCCCACCCGUGCCAGCUGCUUCCCUCGGGGAACUCUGACCCACUGCAGGAAGAGGGGCUCAACUGGGUUUUCCCCCUCUCCAGAGAAAAAGAAGGAAUGGAGAAUCAUAAGCCACUGGCCCCGGUUCCCGGUGCCCUCUGCCCAACCCACCCCCCAGAUUGGGUGAGGAGCCUGGUAGGAGAGUGAACAGGGUCAGAGUUGGACAGAGCCUGAGUCCACAGAUGGCCCAGUCCUGGGAGAGGCCCCAUCCUGCCGCUUUGGGGCCAUUCCCCUAUGUCCCCCCCAUCACACCGGCCCUUAUAGCUGGAGCUGGGGCACCAGGCAGAUGACUUUGGGGCCCUUUCUCUUGCCAUCCUAGGAGUCCUGUCCUGGGUUUUCUUUCCGGGACCCAUAUCUGCCUCCUGGACCUGGGCCAGGCAGGUGGCUGACAUAGGCAAAGAGCAACUGGUUUCAGAGUAUCGGAGAGGUUGGGCAGCAAGUGCCCACCUGCCUCUGACGGAGCCUCCCAAUCCCCAAAAACAGCUGCCUGUGCCCUGCUGAAAGUUCAUGGCCACAGCCCUGGGCCCUGCUGGCAUUGCCAUGGGCAGCGUGGGCAGCCUGUUGGAACGGCAGGACUUGUCCCCAGAAGAGCUACGGGCAGCGCUUGCAGGGCCCCGGGGUUCCCGCCAGCCUGAUGGGCUCCUCCGGAAGGGCCUGGGCCAGCGUGAGCUCCUCAGCUACCUGCACCUCCCCAAGAAGGACAGCAAGACGGCCAAGCGUGCCCCUCGGAACGAGAGUGCUGACUACACUACCCUCUACUACCGGGAGCAUCCUCGAGCUGGUGACUUCAGCAAGACUUCACUGCCCGAGCGGGGUCGCUUUGACAAGUGCCGCAUUCGCCCAUCGGUGUUCAAGCCCGUGGCGGGCGCUGGGAAAGGCUUCCUGUCCAUGCAGAGCCUGGCAGCCCACAAGGGCCAGAAGCUGUGGCGCAGCAAUGGCAGCCUGCACACAUUGGCCUGCCACCCACCCCUGAGCCCAGGGCCCCGGACCAGCCAGGCACAGGCCCGGGCCCAGCUGUUGCAUGCGCUCAGCCUGGACGAGGGCGGCCCCGAGCCCGAGCCCAGCCUGUCUGACUCCUCCAGCGGGGGCAGCUUUGGCCGCAGUCCUGGCACUGGUCCUGGCCCCUUCAGUUCCUCUUUGGGCCACAUUAACCACCUUGGGGGCUCCCUGGACCGGGCCUCCCGGGUCCCCAAGGAGGCUGGGCCACUGGCGAUGCUGAGCUGCCUGCCCGAGCCACCGCCCCCCUAUGAGUUCUCCUGCCCCUCCGCCGAGGAGGUGGUGGCCCUGCUUCCCGACACCUGUGAAGAUCUCAAGAGAGGCCUCGGUGAUGAGGAUGGCUCCAACCCUUUCACACAGGUGCUGGAAGAGCGCCAGCGGCUGUGGCUGUCCGAGCUGAAGCGCCUGUAUGUGGAGAGGCUGCACGAGGUGGCUCAGAAGGCAGAGCGCAGUGAGCGCAACCUCCAGCUCCAGCUGUUCAUGGCCCAGCAGGAGCAGCGGCGGCUGCGCAAAGAGCUCCGGGCACAGCAGGGCCUGGGCCCCGAGCCUCGGCCCCCCGGUGCCCUCCCGGAUGCUGACCCUAACACCCGACCAGAGGAGGAAGCCCGAUGGGAGGUGUGCCAGAAGACAGCGGAGAUUAGCCUCUUGAAGCAGCAGCUGCGGGAGGCUCAGGCCGAGCUGGCGCAGAAGCUGGCCGAGAUCUUCAGCCUCAAGACGCAACUUCGGGGCAGCCGGGCGCAGGCGCAGGCCCAGGACGCAGAGCUGGCCCAGCUGCGCGAGGCCGUGCGGAGCCUGCAGGAGCAGGGCCCUCGGGAGGAAGCCCAGGGCAGCUGUGAGACCGACGACUGCAAGAGCAGGGGGCUUCUGGGGGAGGCAGGUGGCAGCAGCGAGGCCGCAGGUGGCGCCGAGCAGCUGCGGGCCCAGCUGGUGCAGGAGCGGCUCCGCGCCCAGGAGCAGGCACUGUGCUUUGAGCGGGAGCGGCGGACAUGGCAGGAGGAGAAGGAAAGGGUGCUGCGCUACCAGCGGGAGAUCCAAGGAGGCUACCUGGACAUGUACCGCCGCAACCAGGCGCUGGAACAAGAGCUGCGGGCGCUGCGGGAGCCCCCAGCACCCUGGAGUCCUCGGCUGGAGUCCUCCAAGAUCUGAAGCCAGGGGGUGAGCGGGCUGCAGAAGCACCGCCAGAAAGCGGCUUGGACGAGCCCGCGCUGAGAGGGCUGGCUCCUUCCUUACACUGGUUGGGGGCAGGAGCUGCUGAGGCCAGCCAGGAGUGGGGAGGCCCACCGAGAGGAGGGGUCCAGCGCUGCUGUGGGCUGGAUAGGGUGCCCUCCUGGCAGAGGAGCACCUCGGCAGGGCCCCGCCCUGCUCCCUGGAGUAGAUGUGGCCCAGAGAAGGAGGCUGGGGGACCAAGGGCCCCGUGAUGCAGAAGGGCAGGCGUGAAGGAGGGAGGCUGGGACGGGGACAUUGGCCUCCCUCAGAAUAAAAUCACAUUUUCUACAAGGAGGCCCUGGGUGAUACACUGGGCCUGUCCCUGGCCUGGGUCUAGAGGAUUGUGGAUGGUUGGGGGUGGGGGCCCUUUACCUUGGCUGUAUGUAGCUCCUUCCAUGGUCAUGGUCGGUGGGAGGCCGUGCCAUGUGCCUGUGUGCACAGCUGCUGGGCAUGUGUGUUGGGGAGUGGAGGAAUCCAUGCCCCAGCACCACACGGUUCCUUAGCUGCCGUGUGGGCUGAAAUUCCUUUCUCAGCACCAGUGGGAUUUUUUGGAAGGAACAAUACCAGAGAACCCAGAAAAACAAAAGGGCAAGUCAACCAAGGCAUUGCUAGAACAUGAAACAUUCUCUUGGUAGGAAGUCUGGACUGUGGUACCCAGCCCCCUGCUGGGUUGGGGCCGGCCUAAGACAGCUUCCCCUGGAGCACCCAAAGGCUCCAGUAGGGCCCUGCCCCUCCCAGAACCCACCUCCCAUCUUUCUGUCUGGCUGUGGUGCACCCCUCCCCCCCACACAGGGAUGGGAGGCCCUGGGAAGAUAGAGGAGACAAAAUUUGUGGGUGGGUUACUUGGUGAAGGGCCUGUACCGCAGCAGGGAACGUGGCCAUUUUCCUGUAGACAGUGGAAGGCCCUGGGGUAUUUUUUAGCAGGGGUGAGAUGUGAUCUGAUUUGUAUUUUGGAAAGGUCUGUCCUGAGAGGAAGGAGCCCUCCACUCCCAGCCCUGCGCCGGGCUCUCUGACCCUUAGGCUCAGCCCCCUAAAGCCCACUCUCACCCAUAGCCUCUCAGCAGUCAGGCUUCCCCUUUGGGUUUUUGCUCCCUCCUGGGUGGAUGGCCUGGAACACAGACCCAGGCUGGCAUGCAGGCAGCCCUUCCCCACUCCCUGCAGUAAAGAUCAGUAUCCAUAUGUCAUGCAUUGAGCACUUCCUAUCUGUUAGGCCUUCAGGGCUUGGGGGCUCAGGGUUGAAUUAGAUGUGCUUCCCGCUCCAGGGGAGCCAGCGCACAGACCUCUUCUCCUCCCAGUGCCUGCCCUGAUGGGGCAGCAGCAUCUUCUGGUAUGUUCUCUGCAGAAACCCCAGGUUGCUCCCUUCCACCAUGAUCCCCCCCUUCCCAGGCCAUGCCUGGCAGCCUGUCAGGCCCCAGCAUGUGGGUCCUGGUGGUAAGUGGAUUCGCUAUGUAGGGGCACCUAUGGGGCUAUGGAGUAUGAGCUGAUGUGCCCCACCUUUUUAGGGUGGGGAAUGGGGUGUGUGUGUUGUCUGCCGUGGGGAUGGUGUGUUUAUGGCUGUGUAAGUGGCAGGUGUGUAAAGCUGUCUUGUGGGUGGUGGGUGUGUCUGGGGGUGUGUUUGGGGCCCCUGGGUUGGAGGCCAGGAGGGCUGCUUCCUGGCCGCUCCCUUCUGCCCCAUUUCUUUCCACCAGUCCCUGCCCCACUUGUCUCUGGCCAGGCUUGAGUAGAGCCUGUGGCCAGGACAGACCCCUGUGUCUGGGUCCUCUGCCUGGGAAGGGAAGCAGAGAGCACUCAACUUAGGCAGGCUGGUCUCCCACAGGCCUUGGAACCCAUUUCACAGACUUCUCCAAACCGAGAUCUCUGGCCCAGUGACCGUCCAGAAGCCCCCCCCCCCCCCCCCCAGCAGAGCUAGGUGCUGACCUGAAGCCUGGGUCACUCCCUCCCCACAACCCGGAACUGGGCAGGCUGCGUGCCCAGGUGCCCCACAGUGGCUGGGGUCUACCUUUCGGUGAACCAUCUCUGCAGGACAGCUCCCCACCCAGCAAUUAGAGAGCUGGGCCGGCCAGUACAGCCGGCGGGGAGUGGGUGGGCGGUACCAAAACUUGGCAGCUGUGCCAGAAACCAGGGCCAGACCCAGAUGCAGGGGGAGGGCACGAGAGAGCUGAAGCUGGGGUGGCUCAGAGGGAACCGGAUCCCUGUUAGCUCAUCCCUGCUGGGCAAACCAGUUCCCUGGUCCCCAAGCCGGCUGGGUGGCUCUGGGGCCAGCUGAUCACAGGUGCCACUGCAGUGGCUACUGCUUCGGAACCCUCCCUCCUGAGCCUGGCGGGCCCCUUAGCUCACCAGGUGCCCAGAGGUCCCCCUGCCCUGGCAGACUAGGCCCAAGCAGCCAAUUCUCCAGAACUGAGGCCAGCUGCCCACACUGGGCUCCAUGCCCCUGGGCCCUUCUGUUCUCAGCUCAGCUAGUGUCACCUCUUUCAGUCACUGCCUGGGCCCCUCAGCCUAUCACUUAAGGCCUCUGACAGCCUGGCCUCCACAGAGUCCCUGAUACUGGUUGCCCUUUCUGACCCCAUCAUUCCCUCACAGCACCUCUGAGCCCUCAUCCUCCAGGCAGAGGCUCCUCACAGUCCCCAGAUCUUGUUUCCUCAGGAAAGCCUGCCCUGAACUCCUGCCCUGCCCUGCCUGGGCAGCGCCCCCCGUCCCUGUGCCCACAGUCCCCUACUUCUGCUGACAUUUUGGUCUCUCCACUGGGCUGUGGGCAUUGCCAGGCAGGACUGUGUCUUCUGUUUUUAUCCCCAGAGACUGCUCUGGCUCCAGCCCAGAAGGCACUGGAGGGCUUUGGACUCAAGAGGAACCAGACCUCUCCCUGGCUGUCAUGGGUUCAAGCUGGGGGUGGAGUGGAGUAGGUGGGGAAGUCUCUGGCUGUGAGUGUUCAUUCACCAUUCACGGGCACCUGGGCCAAGCACUGGGGCUGCAGAGCCAGUCCCCAUUCACUGCCUGGGGAGGUACUGCAUGCCUCCCUCAGGGCCAGGCCUGGUUCUCAGAUGAGGAAGCCACAGUGGCCAACGCCCCUGCCCCCAUGACCUUUCCCUGUGGGUGGGGGAGGGAGACAGCACACACAUCUGUCCAUGGUAGUGACCGGGCCAAAAGCGUGCAGACCUCUACAUCACAGUGGCCAGUCAAUGGCGCAUGGAGAAGCAAAUUUCUCAGACUGGGUAUAUCUAUAGGUAUCAGGGAGCCUUUUUUCAAAGAGGACGCAUGCCCCAUGGUGACAAUUCAGAUUGCAUAACUCCCCACCCUAGUAGGUGGGUUUUAGCUCUAUCAGAUUCGGAAAAGAAAAGGAAAUGUGCUAUUUCUUGCAACAAAGCAAAAGUGAAAUAUGUCAUGAAAGGUAAGGCGUAAGUACUGUGGAGCUCGGGCUGGCUCACUUUUCACUGCAGGUGAUGAGGGGUGUGUAUUUGACCAUAUUUUGGUCAGGCACUUUUCUGACCUCUCUUUGUGCCUGACCUUGGCAGGUGUCUCCUUAUACGGUCCGGUUCUGGCAAGAUUUCUGCUUAGUUUAGCCAGACUCCCCCUUUGUCCGUAUCAUGUAAUCUUCCACCAACCCCCUCAGGCGACGGCUGGCCUGCCUUCAGCAAGACUCCUGUGAGGUGCAUUUAGCCAGAAUCUGCUUCCAGACCCCCAAGGUUUCCUCUCAGUAAUUUUUCAUCCACUGACCCCUACCCGCUCCUUGGCUGUAAAUUCUACUUUUCCUUGCUGUAUUUGAAGUUGAGCCCACUCUCUCUGCCCUACUACAAAACUCCACACUGCAGUAGCCUCUCUUGAAUAAAGUCUUCCUUACCAAA